AGCAAGGAAAUUUAAUGGAUUCACCUCCGCAACCUUUGUAUGAAGAGCAAGGAAAUUUAAUGGAUUCACCUCCGCAACCUUUGUAUGAAAAGCAAGGAAAUGUAAUGGAACCACCUCCUCAACCUUUGUAUGAAGAGCAAGGAAAUGUAAUGGAGUCGCCAGACUCAUCACUUGAAGAUUCUCAAGAAUUUUCGAAUUAUAGUUUUGUGUUAUACG